UUUUUACAGACUGUUAAGAAUUUAAGAGUUUGAAAGCUAUAACAACCAAGAAUAUUGUUUUCUUAAGCCAUGUGGAAUUCUGUUUAUUUCGAUUAGAGGGCAGUUUAGAUCCUUGGAAUAUCUUAAUCGUGUGUUGAUGUAAAAUUUUCCAAAAAGGGUCCGCUGAAGUUACUGAGUUGGUUGAACAACUAAAUACUUGCAAUGUCAGAUUCCAACAACCCGACAUUUAGAUGAAAGAAUUUUAGUCUAGCCAGACGACAAAAUGUCGAAUUGAAAAAUAUGAUCAUGCACCUAGUCCAAAUGGUAUUCGUUGAUCAACAAAAAUUACUUAGAACCAUUUAUAUUUUGUACUCAGUUGUGUAAGAUGUUAAAAAGGGUAUUUAAUACGACGUCCAGUUAAUUUAAUCAAUAAGCAGUAAUGUAGAUUCAUGUUUUUCGUCAACUAAAUAGAACGAGUUUCUAACAAUACCUAUUGCCAUGCAAGUUAUCGCCUAUACAGCGAUCCUUUUCGUGUUUAUAGAUCUAAUAGAAUGUCACUCAUCUGUUCCCGUUCAAAGAUUUGAUGGUUAUUUUAAUAAUGAACAAAGGCCGGAAAUCGGCAGUGUGGGUCGCCAUUUAAGGAGAAAUAUAACAACAAAGUAUGCUGAUUAUACAUACUAUCCUUCGGGUUCUGAGAGACCUAAUCCUAGAGGAACGUCAAAUAUCGUUUUUAAAGGAGUUGGUAGAAGCCACUCUCAUCAUAGACGAUCUGCCCUUUUUGCCUUCUUUGGUCAACUUGUUAUGAGAGAGGUGACAGACACAGAUGAUAUAUCCUGUCCUGUUGAAGUUAUAAACACACCCGUCCCACGAUGUGACCCAGAUUUUGAUCCUAAUUGUCGUGGUGAUCAGGUUAUGCCCUAUGAAAGAGUGGCGUAUGAUAAGAAAACUGGACAGUCUCCAAAUAAUCCCAGAAAGCAGAUCAACAAGGCAUCUAGUUUUAUUGAUGGUGGUUUUGUGUAUGGAACAAACACAGUCCGGAGCAGUUUUCUCCGCAGUCCAGGAAGUGGAAAAUUAUACUGUGAAGAUAUUUGGGGCCGAUUUCCAAAAUUAAAUGAUGUUGAAUUACCAUAUUCGACUUUUCCUGCAGCUGACCAAAAAAUGAAAGAUCAAUCUAAGUUCUGGAGACUUGGAGAUUCCCAUAUUUAUGAGAACCCAGCACUUCUUUCCCUUGGUCUUGUAUUUUUCCGUUAUCAUAACUACAAAGCUGAUCAGAUUAUGACCAAUGAACCCAGAUUAUCUAAUAAUGAAAUAUUUGAUAAAUCCCGACGAUGGGUGAUAGCCAGUUUACAGAAAAUAAUUCUAUAUGAUUGGCUGCCAUUACUACUGAAUGAACCAAUCCAACCCUACACAGGUUAUAAACCAUCAGUAGAGAGUGAAGUAACAGAUUUAUUUGAUGCAGCUGCUAUACAUUAUAUUUUUACUCUUAUACCUUCUGCUAUACAUCAACGAACAAAGAAAUGUGAAUAUAUGUCCCAUCAUAAAAUAAGAAGACUGUGCAACACCUACUGGGAUUCUCAGGAUAUAUUGUAUCAGAGACCAGAUGGUUUAGAGGAGAUAUUGAUGGGACUUACAUCACAACUAGCAGAAAAAGAAGAUCAUAUACUUGUUGAAGAUUUACGAAGUAAAUAUUAUGGUCCUUUAUUUUAUUCUCGUCAUGAUGCAGCCACAUUGACCAUCAUGAAGGGGCGGGAUUAUGGUUUACCUGAUUAUAACACAGCUCUUCAAUCAAUGGGACUUGAACCAAUCAAAACCUGGGAGGAAAUUAAUCCAACCCUAAACCAAUCGUUUAUUGAUGAUAUAAAGAUGUUACAUAAUGGUCAUUUAGAUCGUAUAGAUAUUUAUACUGGUGGUAUGUUAGAGACAACUUCUGACGGUCCGGGACCACUCUUCCGUCUUAUUCUAUUAGAUCAGUUUUUACGACUACGAGAUGGAGAUAGAUUCUGGUUUGAAAAUAAGGACAAUGGGAUAUUUACAGAUGACGAAAUAGAUGAGAUAUAUAAUAUAACACUAAAUGAUAUCAUCAUUCAUACUACAGAUAUAGAAGAAAUAGAUCUACAAGAUGAUGCUUUUACAGUAUCUAUUAAUCAUUCAUGUAAACCUCCUAAAGGAUUUGAUGAAAAAAAACUGGCGAAAUGUCCAGAUCAUAAGGGAUAUGAUUAUUUUGCUGGAAGUGAAAUUCCUUAUAUUAUUAUUUGGACAUGUAUGGGAUUUAUUCCUAUAGCUUGUAUCUUGGUGGCUGUUAUUCUGGCCAAAUAUAAAAAAUGGAGUCAUCAACAGAACGUAGAGGAAGUAAAACAUGAAAAAGAACGUAAACGAGUUUUAAGACGAACUUUAUCUUCUAGUAUAUCAGUGCAUGAUAUGUGUGAAUGGAGAUGUAAGAAAGAACCAUCACGAUGUAUUGAAGUUCAUCUCACAUCUAAGGGUACUCUUGAAAUCUUUAGUUCAACAGGAUCACAUCUUCGUACCAUUAAGAUAAAUAACAUUGGUAGACUAAAGUUAUAUCAGAGUAUCAAUAAAAAACGAAAUAUUCUUUUGAUUCACAUCGCUAAAGAAUAUGAUCUGGUAUUGGUAUUUAGUACAGAAAUCCACAGAAAUAAAUUUGAACAAGAAUUAUCAGAGUUUUUAGAAAGCUUUGCAAUAGAGACAGAAAUCUUUGAGAAAAAGCUUAAAGAUAUUUAUGCUAUGGCCAUGACAAAAGAAAAACGAAAUCUACAGCUUGAGAAAUUCUUUAAAACAGUUUUUACUGAGGCAUUUCAGAUGGACUAUGAUCCCUCUUUAGAUGAAGUUCAACUCAACAUGAAGACACAGAGUAAAGAUAUACUUGAAUGUGAACUGUCCAAGGAGGAAUUUGCUGAAGCUUUGGCUGUUAAGGCUAACAGUGAUUUUAUAGACCAUUUCUUCUAUCUUAUUGAUUCCGAUCGUAAUGGUUAUAUUUCAUUCCGUGAAUUUCUACAUGCUGUUGUACUCUUCUCUAAAGGUUCAUGUCAAGAUAAAUUACAGACAAUGUUUUAUAUGUAUGAUCUAGAUAGUAGUGGUAGAUUGAGUAAAGAUGAAAUAUCUAAAAUGUUCAGAUCAUUAUUAGAAUUGGCACAGAGUAAUUUAGAGAAAGAUGAAAUUGAACAACUUGUAGAAUCUUUAUGUGUUCAGUCAGGACUCGGACAUCAAGAUGAAUUCCAGUUUGAAGAUUUUUGUCAGAUUCUGUCACCUCAGAUGGAUAAAUUGUGGAAUGCUUCCAUAGAUUGGAAAGGAUGUAAAAGUUGUCUUCCUACUCAACCCAAAACAAACACCCGGAAAAAUUCUGAAGCUGAUAUUAAACAAAGACGUCCAUCUUUAAAUACACCUUUAGAAAGAGACAAUUCUCCAUCUUUCCUCAACUUUGUGUCUGUAAGAGAACCGUAUACACCAGUGAAAGCGAAAAUAAAGCUGGUUAAACAUUUCAUCGAGAAUUAUCGUCAACAUAUAUAUAUUAUGGUAUUAUUUUAUGGAAUUGUCGCUGGACUGUUUGCUGAGAGGUUUUAUUAUUAUUCUGUACAGAGAGAACACAGUGGUUUUAUGAAGUUGAUGAGUUAUGGUAUCAGUGUAACUCGUGGUGCUGCGGCGGCCAUGUCCUUCACCUUCUCACUCCUGAUGUUAACAAUGUGUCGUAAUACUAUAACCUAUCUACGUAGCACCUUCCUCAAUGUGUUUAUACCAUUUGAUUCACAUAUCUCAUUUCAUAAAAUUGUUGCAUGGACAGCUCUAUUCUUCUCAGCUUUACAUGUAUUUGGUUAUAGUUUUAACUUCUAUCAUCUAGCAACUCAACCUACCAAGUUUUUAUGUAUAUUUGAAAGUAUUGUCUUCCGAGCUGAUACAAUUCCAACUUUCAGUUUCUGGUUGUUUGAAAAUAUGACAGGUUUUACAGGUGUACUUUUGGUGGUAGUCUUGUGUAUCAUGUACAUCUUUGCUACCCAGACAGCUCGUAGACAUAUCUUCAGCCUAUUCUGGACAACCCACAAGCUAUUUGUUAUAAUGUAUGUCUUAGUGAUCCUACAUGGAGCUUCUAUCAUCGUACAGAAACCACUGUUUUAUGCUUAUUUUGUUGGACCAGCCAUCUUGUUUACGUUUGAUAAAAUGGUCAGUAUCAGUCGUAAAAAGAUGGAAAUAAAUAUUGUCAAGGCAAUUAAUCUACCCUCAGAUGUAACCAUGUUAGAAUUUAAACGACCUCCAAGAUUUGAAUAUAAAUCAGGUCAGUGGGUCAGGAUAGCGUGUUUAUCUCACGGUAAAAACGAAUAUCAUCCAUUUACCCUGACCUCGGCACCUCAUGAAGAUACAUUGAAGGUUCACAUCCGAGCUCUGGGACCAUGGACUUGGAAUAUCAGACAGAUCUUUGAUUCAGAAAAUCUGAAAGGCAACCCAUAUCCUAAGCUAUAUCUAGAUGGUCCAUAUGGUGCUGGUCAACAAGAUUGGUAUCAGUAUGAUGUUUCAUUACUGGUGGGUGCUGGAAUAGGUGUUACACCUUACGCUUCCAUUCUUAAAGAUUUUGUCCACAUGACGUCCAUUAAAAAUACUUACAAGGUUAAAUGUCAAAAGUUAUAUUUUAUCUGGGUGACUGGUAGUCAGAGACAUUUUGAAUGGUUGAUUGAUAUAUUACGAGAAGUAGAGGAAGUAGAUACACGAGGACUCGUCUCUAUCGACAUAUUUAUAACACAAUUCUUUCAAAAUUUUGAUCUCAGAACCGCCAUGUUGUAUAUAUUUGAGGAACAUUUCCAGAAGAUGACUGGAGGAAAGAGUGUAUAUACUGGAUUAAAAGCUACUACACAUUUUGGACGUCCACAGUUAAAUAAAAUGAUGCAGGCUGUACAUAGAGCUCAUCCACAGGCCAGGAAAGUUGGUGUAUUUAGUUGUGGGCCACCAGGAGUGACAAAGGGUGUAGAACGAGCCUGUGUUGAUGCUAGCAAAACUACUAAAGCUCUCUUUGAGCAUCAUUAUGAAAACUUUUAAAUUUAUGGAUAUUCCUGUGGGAGUCAACAUUGUUUCCAGAAAUAUAUUAAGGUCUGGUGUUAAGUAGACACCUACUGGUAUGAAGACCAAGUGUAUAUAAAUAUCAAAUGUCCUCAGAUAUCACCUGUGUUGAUAUGGCUGUCCAUCUAUUGCUUUUGCUAUUGAACUACUUUUAAAAGAGAAGUUUAUGUAACAUUUUACCGAGAUUGUGAUGUUAUGGCCCUUGACAUUUACAUGUGUUUGGCUUCUGAUGAAUUAUUAAAAAGCCUAUUAAUUUCUUGCCAAUUUAUUUAAUUGAAGUUCAGUUCAUUAUGUGUCUAGGUCUAGAGUGAAUAAGGAUGGUCCUUAUCAAAUUCGUCCAUUUUCUAGCAUUAGCUUUCAGCCUGUAUGGACAUUGAGAAGAAUUUAUAGAUAUAUUAAAUAACAAGAAAUUAAUGCAUCAUAAAAUUAGGAUGACCUGACUUUGUAUCAAUAUUAUGCAACCAUUUUUUAAAAUGAUUGGCUUCUUGUAAUAUAACAUAUAAGACAGCCAUUACCAGAUAAUGACGUUGUCAUAUUAUCAGGAUUUUUAGUUUACAAUACUACUGAUAUGAGGUAACUCAAUAUAAAAUUAAGAGCUCUGGUAUUGAAAUUAACACAGCUGGCUAUAGGUGACACUGAAUGCAUAUAUUUCAAGUUCCAUUGUACAUUACCAUAGAAUUUGGGUGUUGGAUUUAUAUAAUAUUAAUGUUUCAAAAUGUACUUAAUAAAUAGUGUUCAUCCAUAAAUGAAAAUUAUUGUUUAAUUUAAAAUUUCUUUGAAUUAAAUAACAAUUUUUGUAAAUAUAUAUAUUUUUGUAGUCAUUGAAAAAAUAAAUAAAAUAUUGCCCUUCCAAAA